CAGUUGCCUACAAGUGGCUGUCCGGGGCGCUGCAUUUAAGGCCACCCUCAUCCACUACCUCGCUCCUCACAGGACAAGGGAGAGAGAAAGCCCAGCAGCCCUCCAUCAAGAUCAAGAAAACAGCAAAGAUCCAGUGCAGAGAGAGAGAGAGACUCUGAACAAAAUAGAGAUCUCAGUCAGUCUCCCCCAAUGCCGGCAACCACCAAGCUGAUCUUGCUCUUCAGAGCAUGGGCGGCAGCGUCGCUCCUACUGAUUCUGGUGCUUGCCCUCCAUGGGAGGGGAGGCCACUGCGGCGGCCUGAGCUUGGACGCGGAGAUGGAGAUGGACUCGGAGGCGCACCGUCAGCUGCUGUGGGAGGCGACCACCAGCCGGCGUUACAUCAGCUACGACGCGCUGAGGGGCGAUGUGGUGCCGUGCUCCAGGACUGGGGUGCCCUACUACAACUGCAGGAUCUCAACUACCGCCAACCCCUACACCCGGGGCUGCGAGAGCAUCACCAGGUGCAGGGACGCAGGUCCUUAGAUGGAGAUGGACAAACUCCUGCCUGCGAGGGGUGGGAGGGCUCCGGCAACUGUAAUGUGUGUUGCUAAUUAUGCAUCUCUUUUUCUUCUUCUCCUUUGUUUGAAUAUUAGUAAGUGUAAUAUGUGAGGAUUAAUUGAUGAGUUUCAUGUUUGAGGAUGUCCUUAGAUUUAUAAUCUCAUCAAAUCUUUGGCUC